AUGCCACUAUUAUCAUUUCGUGUCGAAGUUGCUGAUGCUUUACUCAAGUAUGCUCCACCUACGCCACCAGUUAAACGUGGUCGUCCAUCGUUAGAUUCCGGAUUAAAUGAAAAUAAUUCAGCAACAACAACAACAAGAGCUGUACCAAGUUCGACUCCAACACCAAGUGUCCGGUUCGACAAGUUUGACCAUUGGCCAGUUUACACGUCAAAAGGGCGGUGUCGCAAUCCUGACUGUAUUGGUUAUACAAGAAUAAGUUGUUCGAAAUGUCAACAACGCCUGUGUCUUACCAAUAGCAACAAUUGCUUCAUAGACUGUCAUAAUUCAUAA